GUGCGAACUGAACGACGCCAGUGAUUUACAUGCAGGUCAUGUACAGAGUCGUGUCGCUCCGCUGCGCUUCCACCUCGCUCACUAACACGAAACCGUCGUCAACUUUUAUCUCAACUUAACUGGGGUAUUCCGGCAAAGAAGAUGUUAGCACGCGUUUAGCAGCUAAAGCUAACCAGCGUUAGCAUUAGAGCCCGUGGAGCCGCUGCCAUCACCACUGAGCGUUAGCUUACUUAGCUAGCUGGGCUAAGGUUUCCGUUAACUAAACCCAGCAGGGUUGCCCGUCAAGCGGGCUGGUUCGCGUUAGCUCGCAGCAACAGUUACCACUUUUAUAACCACUGUCCAGCCGUGUGCUAACAACAAGAAGUGGGUUAGUUUGUGCAGUAAGUUUAAGUGUUGACUCUCCAGCUAACUGGUGUGUAACGUUAGAUUAGCUUAUUAGCGGGUGCUAACCGUUAUUCGGGGCCUAAGGGCAUCAAAGCAGUCAACUCUAAUCAAAUUCAACCACAAAGCUGACGUCGUGUGCCUCAGUUAAUUGUUAUCACGUUAUUCCACACAGAGGAUUGACCACAUAGUUUGAUUAAGCCUGCUCACGAGUGUGCGUUGCUAUUCCACAAACAGCCUGUAGUGCUACAGUCCAGCACUGAGUAUGAUUCCGUGGUUGCAGUGGAGGUGAGGAAGCAUGGGGUGGAAAUCUGAGGUGUCAAGACAAACGUGAUGACAGCAUGGUCCAUGGUGGAGAAACUCAAAAUGGAAAAACGCCCAUGCAGGGAGGAGAAUAUUGACUCAAGCGAGGCUCAGCAUGCCACUGACGAGUCUGAGGAUGGAAGCAGCUCGGAGAGUGAGUCGGAAGAGCGGCAGCGUCAGAGGGUUCAGGUGAACAACAGCAGCUGUAAAAAGCGUGAGCCUUUGGCUGUCACAAAACCCCAUCGACAGCUAUGUCGAUCUCCAUGCCUCGACCGACCCAGUUUUUCCCAGAGUAGCACGGCACAAGAACUUCGUGAGGAUGAGACCAGCGCGGGAUCUGGGAUUAAGGCUGCCAGCAACAGGGAAUACCAAACGAAGAUGGAAUUUGCUCUGAAGUUGGGAUAUUCAGGAGAGCAGGUGGAGACUGUGCUCAACAAGUUGGGGGCUGCAGCUUUAAUUAACGAUGUUCUUGCUGAGUUAGUAAGGCUUGGAAACAAAGUGGAGCCUGAGAUUCAACCUUGCAGCAGUACAGCCACACUGACAUCACGGUCCCCCGGUGUUAAAGAGAUCGCUAGUCCAGAAGUGUCAGUGGAAGAGGAAUCUGUGGAUAUCUUCGAUAACCUCAGGCCCAUCGUCAUUGAUGGCUCAAAUGUGGCAAUGAGCCAUGGAAACAAAGAGGUAUUCUCUUGUCGUGGUAUCCAACUUGCUGUUGAGUGGUUUCGGGAGAAAGGACACAAAGACAUCACUGUGUUUGUCCCAGCCUGGAGAAAGGAACAGUCAAGGCCAGACGCCCUCAUCACAGAUCAAGAAAUAUUACGCAAGCUGGAAAAAGAGAAGAUCUUGGUUUUUACUCCAUCUCGGAGAGUUCAAGGCAGAAGGGUGGUGUGCUAUGAUGAUCGCUUCAUAGUGAAGCUGGCUUAUGAUUCUGAAGGAAUUAUUGUGUCGAAUGACAACUACAGAGACUUGCAAAAUGAGAAGCCAGAGUGGAAGAAGUUCAUAGAAGAGCGUCUCCUAAUGUACUCGUUUGUCAACGACAAGUUUAUGCCGCCUGAUGAUCCACUGGGAAGACAUGGUCCAAGCCUCGAAAAUUUCCUCCGCAAGCGUCCUGUUGUUCCAGAGCACAAAAAACAACCCUGCCCCUAUGGAAAAAAGUGCACAUAUGGACAUAAGUGCAAGUACUAUCAUCCAGAGCGCGUCAACCAGCCACAGCGGUCAGUUGCUGACGAACUACGGGCCUUUGCCAAAUUGUCUGCAGUGAAGACGAUGAGUGAGGGGGCUUUAGCGAAAUGUGGUACUGGUCCGGCAGCUGCAAAGGGGGACAGCCACACUGAGGCCAAACGUGUGGCCCCUAAACGUCAGUCUGACCCCAGUAUUCGUUCAGUUGCCUGUGAACCUCUAGAGGCACUGUCCGUCAUGAGGAAGUCUGAGGCAAAUUCAGUGCCUUCCCUUGUGUCUGCCCUCAGUGUGCCCACCAUGCAGCCUGCCAAGAGCCACGCAGCUGGGGCCUUGAACACACGAUCAGCCAGCAGCCCAGUGCCGGGUUCUUUGCAGUUCGCACACAGUUCGCUGGAGCACAUGUCUAGUGUACAGUACCCUCCUAUUUUAGUUACUAAUAGCCAUGGCGCCUCUGUAACAUACGGUGAUCAGUUCCCCAAGUAUGACUCAGUUAGCGACCAUGGAUAUUAUUCACUGCACAGUGAUUUCUCAAACAUGAGCAUGAGCAGCAUGCACAAUGUUGACAGUUUCUGUAGCAUGGAGCACGAGCAUGGUGUAUAUCAGAGAAAUCCCAGCCACUGCCCCGAAUCCUGCCUCAGCCAUUCAAACAGCGACUCAUUCUCCUCCUACGGGGACCUGUACCCAAGCUCUGUGGACAGUAGCUUAGAGGAGAGCAUGAAGGGGCAGCAGCAGUCUCCUGCACAGGGUCGCAUGCAUACUUUCUCCCAUGGGUUUCGCCAUGAGGCGCUGACCAGGGUGCAGAGUUACGGACCAGAGGAACCUAAGCAGGGCCCCCGUAAGCAGCCUGGAUCUCAUCUAGCGCCACAUCUCCAGCAUGCUGCAAUCGGCGCCAGGUCCAGCUGCCCUGGAGACUAUCCCCUCACUCAGAAUGUCCUACCACCUCUGUCCUCACAGCCCACACGGUCUCUCGGUAUGACUCGUAUGGAUAGUAUAUCAGAUUCAAGGCUGUACGAUAGUAACCCAAUGAGACAGCGGCGACCUCCACUGUGUCGUGAGCAGCAUGCAAGCUGGGACCCUCUCCCUUGUGGUAAUGAGUCUUAUGGAUAUCAUUCAUAUCCACUGAGUAACAGCCUGAUGCCGUGUUGCGAGCGGGUGAUGGUCCGCAGCAUGCCAGACAAAAUGGAACAAAUCUGGAACUCGCCAUGGGAGACCCCAUCUGCAGCUGAACACCAAGAUCGGUAUGUGAUCCCAGAGCACCAGUAUCAAACAUAUCGGAACCUUUGUAACAUCUUUCCCGCUUACGUAGUUCACUCAGUAAUGGAGAAGAACCCUCAUUUGACAGACCCACAACAACUUGCUGCUGUUAUUGUUACAAAACUGAGGUCAUGCCACUGAGCAGUUCACCACAUGAAACACUCAAAAGUGAUGUGAUGAGGGAAAGUAGGAAUUUUAAUAGCGAAGAUAGGCACUUGGUCAAGGUUGCUGCAUGUGCAACAUAUCCCCUCAGGAGUUUAGUAAAUUUUUUUAAUGUCUGACGUGAAAUCUGGUGAUCACAUUUCACAUCACUAAGAUGACAGACGUAAUAAGCAUAGAGGAAGAUUGUCUGAUAAAUGUAAGUUGAAUUUUAAGAUUUGUUUCAUAUAUGAAGUUGAUCGAGUGAUCUACCUUAUUAGAAAUAUUGUUCAUAACACAUUCAUACAACCUGAGCAGGAGCUGCAUAGCAGCUUCCCACCAUAUUCAUGAUUAACUUAAGCUUCAGUCAUUAUCGUCUGCUAACAUUUAACAGGACUGUUAAAUGUCCUUCAGAUCAAUUGAUCUUCAGUUGAUUACAUUGUAAAUAAAAUUGUCUGGAGCCCCCAAGGUGUUCAAUAUUUAAUAACUAAUUUCAUGAAUAAAUAGUGUAAGAAACAGUACUAAUGUAGCUAGCUAGUGUAAUACUGAACUUUGUCCUUUUGUGAGUUAGUGUGAACUAAGCUGAUCAGUAAAAAGCUUUGCUACAUGGCAGCACAGUCCAGAUGGGAAGUAAUAACUCAGCAUUGUCUCCCAUAUUUGCCUUAUUAAAUCUGACAUGGAAAGUACAUUGACAUUUGUACACCAUGUACUUUUUUGAAGAUCUUGUUCAGGCCCUGUGAAUGUGUUAUGAAAGGAAUUUAAAGUGUUUCUGGUGCAGUGGAACUAUAAAUAACAUAGCUUAGGUUUGCCUCUGCUGUAAAUAACUCUUUUCUUUUUGUGUGUUUAUUUUGAAGAGAAGUAAAAAGGAGGUGGGCACAUAACCUCACAGCAUGA